GCCGUUCGUGGUAAAUGAUAGUGAAAUAGGAUAAAUCGUCGAUAUCGAUAUUAAGGAAUAUCGCUUAAAGAAUAUAUCGCCAUUCGGUAUUCCGUUGUCUAGUAUUGUAGCGUUACACGAACGCAAUUGAAAAAUAUGACUUCUACUCAUGAUUACGGAUCUCUCAGAGAAUGGUUAAUAAAAGCAUUGAAGCCGAUAGUUGACGGUGAACCGUCUGCAUUAGCGAAAUAUGUAGUGGCUCUAAUCAAAAAGGAUAAACCAACUAGUGAAUUAAGAAAUUCGUGCCAGGAACAAUUGGAAGUGUUUUUGAACGAUGCCACAACUCAAUUUGUAGACAAGUUAUUUGAUGUUCUGGAAAAUAAAACUUAUAUUGAUAAUAAUGAAGAAGAUGGUACAAUAAAAGCAAAUAUUGUAGAUAGCAGAUCGGUUGUAAAUGCAGAAGAAUAUGUACCAGAAUUACCCAAAGAUAGACACGGAAAAACUAUCGAAGGACAUGAUCGUGGAGCACGUGCAUUGGACAAAAACCAAUCAUCGAAAAGGCCCUCAGCGAAAGAUCGUUUAGGAAGGAGAUAUGAUGAACGGGAUGAUAGAAAACCCACCGAUCGACCUCGAGAGGACGAUAGACGAUCAAGGCCAGGAAGACACCCCGACUACAAUCGUCAACCACGCUAUAGACGGUCACCGAUACGUUGGUCUCCUCCUAAUAGAUUUGCAAAUCGUCUUGGCAGAAGCAAUAGAUAUGGAAACAAAAAAAGAAGCUUUUCACCCCGUAGGUCACAUUCCCGAUCGCCACUACGCCGUACUCGCUCACGAUCUCUCAGCAAGAGCCCUGCUUCAAUAUCAUCAAGUUUAGGCAGUUCACCUAGGCGGAGAGCUCGGUCAUCCGGUAAAAAUUCCCGUAGUUCAACACCCCGACCUGAUCCACUGCCUGUAGAAGGAAAAAACUCAAAGAGAAAUCGAUGCAGGGACUAUGAUGAAAAAGGGUUUUGUGUUAGAGGAGAUCAAUGUCCUUACGAUCACGGAUUCGAUCCAGUUGUUGUUGAUGAUGUUAACUUAACUAGCGUUUUGGGCUACCAAGGACAAAGGCCAGCGGCUCCACCGCCUCCUCAUCCUGUUCCGCCUCCUAUACUUCCACAAUCGUUUCCUCACCCUCCUCCUAUCGGACCUCACUUUGGUGCUCCGAAUAUGUUCGAUCCAUCACAACAUCCCCCAUAUAAUACACGCCCUUUCCUACGAGCCUUCAAUGAAAAUAGUCCUAAAAAAAUGCAUCAGUCGAAUUUAGUCAACAUUCCCACUGAAGGAAAAAUGGGAAAUCGGAUACUAGGUGAAAACCAAAAACAGUCAACCUCUCUGGAAGUUAGAAAAAUACCAGCUCACUUAAAUAAUAUUUUAAAACUUAACCAACAUUUUUCAAGAUUUGGUAUAAUUAAAAAUCUUCAAGUUUGCUACGAAAAUGACCCAUCUGCAGCUGUUAUUACUUUUCGAACUAGAGAUCAGGCAGAAGCUGCAUAUAAAUCGCCAAUGCCUGUCUUAAAUAAUAGAUUUAUUAAAGUGUUCUGGCACAAUUCUAUCGUUCAAUACGCAGGAGGUGUUGGUGGGGGAAAUGGUAAAGGUUCUGUUAGAGAUCGCCUUGGUCCACUUCCUGAUCAAGAAAAAGAGGAUUUUCCAAAAGUUGUUUUACCUCAAGAUGCUGAUAGAAAGCAGAAAUCUGAUAAUCAAGAUGUAGAGAACAAGCACGAAGAUACUAGUAACGACGAUACUAAAGAGGAGAAGUCCAAUAAACAAGAUUCAGUUACACCUGCUGUAAUGACGAAAAGAACCCUGAUUAGGAAACCUACCACCAAAAUGCUUAAGCAGCAACAGAAAGAAAUGAUGAAAAAAUCUUUAGAUUUCGAGAAGAAGAAACGGUCAUUAAUUGAGUCGCUUAUUCAAGAACAAAAAAAGAUUUUACAAAAAAUUGACGGUUCACCAAAGGGUGAAGAGAAGAAUGAGCUUAUAAAGACGGUUAAACAGCUGCAGUCAACUAUAUCGAAAAUGACUGAAGAGUUGGAAAAGGGUAUUGACGCGAAAAAGAAAGCUGCGGAAAGCGAAAAAAAUUCCUCAAAUAAGAAACGACCGCCGCCAAUAAACAUUGUGGUUAGCGAGGCAAAUGGGUCGAAAAAACCAAAAUUACUAACUACUCCUGUUUUAUCCUCUCCGUUGGAUGCCAAAAGGAAAUUACUUGAUACAGAGUUGGAUCUUAUUUAUGCUAGUAAAUCAAAAGCGUUGCACGAAGUGGAAGCAGAAACAACUGAACUGGAUGAUAGGAAUGCCUUACGAAUUAGACUUGCACAAUUGAAGUCUCAGGCAGCAGCUUUGGGGUUGGCAACACCAUCUGUAGCAACAAGGUCCUUAGAUAAGCGAACAAAACGAGUUCAGGUAGUUGGUUGUAGAGAGAAACACGAGAAGCAAAAAGUACUGAAAAUUAUCCAGCAUUGCGCGAAAGUACAGCACAUAGAGGAUUCUGAAGAUUGCAAUGAAUUUAUUGUUGAGUUUAACACCCGAACUGAAGCGGAAAAGGCAAUUAAAAGUGCUUCCCAAAUGCUAAGUACCGGCACGUCUGUUUCAUUUAAUUGGGUUCAAUUGGCUGAAGAAGCUGUUGCUCCUCCCCCUCCUGUAACAAGUGAAAAUUCGAAUGCGCUGAAAAGUCCGACAGGAAAUGUCAAUGUUUCUCAGGAAGAAGCGAGCGCUAUCGCAGCACAUUUACUCCAAGACGAAGAGGACGAAGACGAGGAUAGGUCUUGGAGAAGAUAGAAUAUUUUUUCAUAUAUUUUGUUCAAAUUAAGUUUUUCCUUGUAUAUAUGAUAUAUAUUUUUGUGUUAAUUUUUGGGGUGAGAAUUAUGCGUUUGUAAAUAGCUGAUACAUAUUCUCUGGAUAACUUAGAAACGUCACUUGAAUGACGAGCUUAAGAAUGUUUGUAUUGCAAUUUGCAAAUGGGAUUUUUCUUUAGUGUUCAUAUCUAUAUUUUCGACUUCGUAUUUUGUUGAUUUUUUUUCACAUUGAACGGUUAAAAAAAAUCUGUAGAAAAACCAAAAAAAAGAAGGGCACUUGAAGAAAAAAAGAAAGGUUAGAACAGAGGCAAAUCAAGUGCUAAUAUAUGUGAUGAAUAAAUAUAUUGCUCAAUCAUUGCGAUUGUGCUCUAUUUACAAUGUGC